AUGUCGCAUCCACGAACUGGUUCUCACCAGAUAACCUUGAAAAGAGAAUAUAGUCUAUCAAGACGAAGAAAGACUGUUUCGCGCACUACAAUUCGUACCCAACUCGAUCAGCUGCGAUCAACCGGGCGGUAUGACUGCGCCAGGCUCAAUUGGCGCCCUAUCUACGACGACAAGUCCACGUGGCCCGUUCCAUACCAUUUAUUCUGGGACAGUUAUGUCGCUAAAUGGAUUGAGGGGGCUUGUUACUUCCUAGCUGAUCCAGAUGAGUAUGACGAGGAUAUUGACCAGAGUGUCCGCGAGCUUGUGGACAUGAUCAGCUCAGCUCAGCAGCGAGACGGCUACUUGAACGUUCAUUAUACUGUGGUUGAACAAGGAAAGAGAUGGACCAACAUCCGGGAUAUGCAUGAACUGAAGCUGACCUGGUGGCGCAGAUACAAUGCCGGCCAUCUCAUAGAGGCCGCAAUUGCUCAUAAGGAAUACUAUAGGAAUAACAUACUUCUCGAGCCUAUUGAGAAGUAUGUUUCUCCCAUCACGGAACAUUUUGACCCCGGAGAAGACCAGUCAAGGGGCUAUUCUGGUCAUUCUGAAAUCGAGCUAUCGCUUUUUCGACUGUACGCUGCUGCAGGCAAUACCGGAGUUCGACUUGGCACAGUAUUUUCUGACGGAACGAGGGAAUACUGA